UAUCAAUUUAACAAGCGCUGCUCUCGUGUGUUUUCUAGGGUUAGGGUUAAAGCUUUUCGUUCUUCAAACAAACAAACAAUGGAGGAGAUUACAGAGGCUGUUCAGAACAUAAGCAUCACAAACGAUUCUCACAAGAAGAACCGCAUUCAAGUUUCCAACACUAAAAAGCCCCUUUUCUUCUAUGUUAAUCUCGCUAAGAGGUAUAUGCAGCAGCAUAAUGAGGUCGAGCUUUCUGCCCUUGGGAUGGCAAUUGCCACAGUUGUCACAAUUGCUGAAAUUCUCAAGAACAGUGGAUUCGCCAUCGAGAAGAAGAUUAUGACAUCUACUGUUGACAUGAAAGAUGAAUCUAGAGGACGACCCAUCCAAAAAGCCAAGAUCGAGAUAUUACUCGGGAAGACUGAUAAAUUUGAUGAACUGAUGGCUGCGGCUGAGGAGGAAAGGGAGCUUGCGAAUGGUGAAGAGCAGAGGUAAGAAAGAGGGUAUCGUGGUCCCUCGGGAACAGUUAUUUUAGACGUCGUUUUCGUUUGGUGUUUUGUUUCAUAAUGAAUCUAAUCUGGUAGCAAAUGCUUGUUAGAGAUGUCAUAUUAGCAUAAUCCUGUUCUUUGAUUUCAUUAUGUUUCUUUCAAGGUUUUGGUGUUCAUAAAUCCACAAAUCUUAAUGACUCCAAAACACAUGCAUUUCAAC